UUGAUAUGAAGUCAGGAUACCACCAGAUCGAGGUGGCACCUGAAGAUCAACACAAGACCGCCUCUUGAACAAGGGGCCGUGCUAUUCUUUUAUGUAUCGUCCCGAUGUUAACCAAUGUCCCGGAGGAAUCUUAUGUGCAGUGAUAUCUUGGUAGCAAGAGGAUAUUUAUGUGAAUGACUCUCUGGCCAAUGUUUCUUGGGAGGUCUGCGGAAGUGUAGAUUGCAUUGCUUUGCAGGGCACUGGAAGAAGUACAAUCAUGAAGUCAUUUGCACUGAGCAACACAGGAUCCAGGUUGGGACUCCGUGGACCCUCGCCUCCUUCCAGCGGUGAUAAAAACAACAGCCAGGUGCUGCUGCUGCAGCACAGCCAGUUACCACCACCAAGUUAUCAAGACUUCCCGUUUGCCAGUGCUGGAUUUCCCAGGGCAAAUGGACAAGAGGAGGCACACAACCCUGUCCAUCCCAGACAACGGAGGAAGGCAGGUUGCAUAGUACGCCGGAAACUGAAUACCAACAGCCUAAGGAUUCAGGCAAAGAAGAAGGACGAGCAGGGAAAGGGUAAUGGAGAUGGGGUUUUGGUGGGCUGUGAUUGCAAUGGGGAAGUGGCAGAUGUCUUGCAGAAAUCAGAGGAGCUGGCACGGACUCGACAAUUGGUGGAGACUGCAAUGCUUGCAGCGACGGCAGGACUAGCAUUCUUCAUCACAAACCUUCUGCGACUGGAGGGGUAUAUAGGGUGUUUUCUUCCCCUUCCGCCAGUAAUUGCAGCAUUGCGGUGGAAUGCUGCUGCCGGGCGAAAAACGAUGGUAGCGACAUUGCUAUUGCUGUUCCUCAUCGGCGGUCCUCUGAAGGCGGUAUCGUAUGUGUUACUGCACGGCAUGUUGGGCAUGGUUAUGGGAGGGCUAUGGAGUUGGCAUGUGAGCUGGACGUCCUCGUUGCUGCUCUGCACGUUUGUGCGGAUGUUGGGGCUGAUAUUGUCUGUGGCUAUGUCGUCCUGGUUCAUAAAAGAGAAUCUUUUAGCGUUGUUAAUCAAUCAAGCACAUGCGUCGCUGGGGCAACUGUGUGUUUUCCUCGGAAUCAAUGCCUCUCCCAGUGUUUCCCUCAUCAUCAUGGCUGUGUGCGCACUGGUGUUCCUAAACUGCAUCGUCUUUGUGUUUCUGUUACAUGUGCUGUACGCAGUCAUCUUACACCGCCUCGGCAUUCCUUCAGCAAUUGAAGCGCCUGGAUGGAUCAAGCGAUCAUUAACGCCCUGAUGCAUUCUCAGAGUCUGUAUUUUAUGGAGUGCAGUAGAAUGUGCAUAGUACCACAUCCGUCUUCAAAGGAAUA